UGUCAAGAAUUCGGGAUGGCUCCUGCUCGCGAAAAGUGGGAUUUGUUUUCACUCAAAAACAUCGUACAAACUUUUAAGUGCUCAUGAAUAAACUGUUCAAAGUUCAAUAGUUUGUGAGUGAUUAAACAUAGUGGUGGACUGUGAUGGCUUCCAGUGAAGACCUAAGCGAUGCAGAAGUGGAGGCUGCUGAGGUACAGAUCCCUGGCUACCUCCCAGAUAAAUCCAUCCUUAAACCCAAGUUGGACUCGAUCUUUGCAGAAGUUGCCAAAAACCUUCCAGACAUUGACUUUGAAUUGUCAGAUGUCAGUUCUGAUGAUGAUGAAGUUGCCAUAUUCCAUCGUCAACUAAAAACGCCAACAGAGAUUGAUGUCGACAAAGAUCUGGAUGAAAGUUUGACAGAAAGAAGCUUUAUGGAUGAUAACAUACCUGUGUUUGGAAAAGUUGAGACUAAAUUCAUCAAAACACGUCCAACUCCAGGGCAAAAAAACAUCCGAAUUGAAUCUGUUGUUCAUGACGACGAUGUCAACACACAAGGAAGAACGGAAUCAUCCAAACAAAAAAGUGUAUCCAUGACGACAGUGAGCUGUGGUGUUGGGACUGAUGACUUGGACCCACUGCCUGUACCGAAACUUCAAACAUGGGUCCAGACCACACAAACUGAACGUGGCAGCAUGGAGCGUAUAAGAACAACACGUUGUGCAGGUGCAGGCCUGAUGGGUGAGAUGCUUGGCUCAAACAGUAACAGCUUGAUCAAUGAAAUGAUGUCAUUUACAAAGAAUUUCUCAACUGACACAGAUGAUUUAGAAGUUGACGAUAUCCAAAUCAGUGUCGCAACCACUUGUCCAGACAAUCGGGAACGGAAAAAGACUAAAUCUGUGACGUCACAGGAUUCAAGGCGGGUUGUGUCACAAUAUAUCUCGAGUGAAGCUCCGCUGCUGCCUUUACAGAAUAUCGAGCACAGUAACCUAGACCUUGUACUAGCCAACCUCUGUUACCCGACUGAUGCGGCCACUGGGGAUGGUUGCAGAAGCCCAAGACCACCCCCUGUUGAGCCACUGCAUAACAAUGAUGAAGACAGACGAACUCUGAUUGAGAGGCUUGCUGAGCUCUCGGCGCAGGAGUCUGGUCAAGCAUUGAAGGAUGUCGACCCCAAGACUGGAGCGAUCAGAAAGAAACCACCGUCAAAGGCUGAGAAGGCUGCUCGCAAUGCAGAAGCGAUUAAUGUUAAGAAAGUCUCCGGCAUGGGCACUAAUACCAAGGACUUGCAGAACUACGCCAUGACACUUCAUCCAGAAUUUCAUGCUCCGGCAAAAAAGGAAGAACGCGAGACGGUGUUCAUUGACCUUAGGAACUUUGACCAAGAUAAAAAGGAACGAGAACUGAGUUUUGAGGCAAUACAAAGGAUACUGCAGAUUCAGCAAGAGCAGAGCACUGUUGAGACGAGUUCAGAUGACGACUCGGACGCUGAUGAUAAUGAACUUUGGUUUGAGCAGCGUAAGAGGAUGAAGGGGAUGAUGGCUAAUAAAGGUGUCCUCACUGAUGUCUUACCAUCCAAGUCACAGCCUCCAAAGACAAAUACCCCAAAGCCUACAUCACCAAGAAAACCACCAGUCCCCAAAACCCGUCCAGCUCCUAUUGACAUGGGAGCGACUAGUGAACGUACAGCAUCUCUCGCGCAGACUGGGACACCAGCCAAUACUCCUGUGGGCUUGUUUGAGGACCAGGCUGCCUUGAAAGACGAGAGGGAGAAGGAAAGGAGACUGGAGGUCGCCAAGAAACUCCGUGAUCAGAGGGAAGCCGAGAGACAAUCUCGUAUCCGUCUUGGUAAACGCCUUGAGGCUCUCCGUCCAACAACAUCAGUCAGUGGCAAGCGGCCAUCAGCAGAAGCUACGCCCACAGUCUUUGAUUCAGAAGGAUCGUAUGAACAAGCCCCCGCCAGUCUCCCAAGUGUUCUGAUCGGUGAACGUGAAUGCUGUCUGCUGACUUGUAUCAUGUCCAGUAACGGCGAGAUUGUUACUCACAGGGGCAGCGUCAAUAAAAGUGUCGACUCUGGUCACGGCCUCUCAGCCAGUUACACCUCCCUGCUGACCUGGCUACUCUCAUUGGUGCCAGAUAACUACACAUUCCUCAAGAUGCCUCUCCAGUCCCCUGGUGAUGACCUCAUCACAUUCCGGGCACCGUUCGCCGUCAUCGGGCUGCAACAGAUGUGGUUCGAGGAGCAGUUGCGUCUGAUCAUUGCUGUGACGCCAAUAUAUAGCAUGGGCAAUACGCCGACCAAAUCAAAGAAAGCAAAGGCUCGAGAUGAAACCACUACUCCCUUUCAACAAUCCCUAAUCAAGUUCCUCUCAACGAACACACUUCAUACUGUGUGCCCCUGGCUGGCAGAGCUUGUCUCUAUGGACGUGACAAGCCGCGACAUGAUGCAGUCAGACUCGGAUUCCUCCAAGCCGCACGUCUACCGUCCAUCGUUACCCAACAUUACAGUACGACCGUUGUCGACAUUUCUGCAGGUCAAUCCAGACCCAAAUUCCACCCGCAAGAUUUUCACCACUCCCUGUGGCUUCUUCUGGCAGACCGUGGACAGCGACGAGCAGUUGUGUCUGUUAGAUAUUGAUGAAGAACACAUGGAAUCUGAGACCCAGAUCACCAUGUCGCUGAUUUAUAAGAAGGUUUUCACCGACCCUACAGCGAUGAUGGGGAUUCUGAACCGGGUGCUCCAGGAGGGUUUGGAUAUCAGUGGCGUGCGUUUGACCUACCCUGCAUCAUCCAUGAUGAACACUACCCCAGAGGGACAAGGGAAUACAGAGCUGGAAAUGUUGAAUAAGAUCGGGCCAAUAUUAGCUGUGGGGAUCAGGGGAGCAUGUGCCAGGACAAUAUGGUUAGACACCAUCGGCCCUGCAGAUCCUAUCUUAGCGAGAAAGACUGAUCCAAAGUCUCUGUGUGCUUUAUUUGGAGGGAAUUCACGUGAUGAGUGCUUGCUAUUCUGUCCUCGUAAUCCCGGGAGGAUCAUCUCGGAGCUCGUUCUAUGGUUUGGUGGAAGAGUGCCCCCUAGUGGCGUCAUUGAUGUCGGCACACCAACGACGCCAAGAGAUCGCGCAAGAAGUGGCAGCCCAAAAUCUCGCAAGACGAAGAAGGUCCCGUUCUCCACCGAUAAGAAGGAUCUCGCUGUUCCUUCUCACCGUCCCCCGGCGUUGCUAACAGCCAUGACCCUGAGCGAUGUCUUCAUGGCCAUCUCCCCUCUCCUGCCGACACAGUGCCUUGGUCUGAUUCUGGUGGUCUGUCAGAGGAGGGGCUACCAAGUACGAGGGAUACGACGUACUAAGCUCACAUCAAAGAAGGCCAACUGUUUAGGUCUGAGUGGCCAGCAGCUCACAGUAUUCAGCCCAGCUUCCCCCACAUCGCUGUCCUCCUUUGACGACAAGUCCUUCGACUUUGAUUCACCGCCCGGAGAGUCACGGCGACCUUGCACCCUCCUGCUGCUCAGGAAGGAGAAUGCUAUGCACAAUUCAGCUAGUCUGAUUGAAGCCUUUAUGGUACAGAUGUCAUUACGGGGUGUCCUGGGUCCCAUCCAACAUGGUACAGAACUCAAACUGAACUCGAGUCAUCUCUUCCAAGCUGUCUCGUAUUCUGAUGGUCUACUUCAUUCUAUGGGUGGAGACUUCACAAAGACGCCUGAUCAUGAGAUCACCCCAAGCCCGAGCUACAUCGCCCCAGCACUCUACACGAACCCCGAGAUGGAACAGGUGGUCACCAUGGCACUGACAGGCCGCCACAUGAUGAAGACAGCUGGCAUGUUCGUUGCCAAGCUCUCCAACCUCGUCCCCUACGCCAAAUCCGGCUACAACUACUCACACGAAGGCUUUGAGAUCUUGGGGAUCAAAUGGCUGCCGAGUCUCAGCAAUAACCAGGCCAAGGUGCUGACACCAUAUGAGAUCGGGGACAGGCAUUGGAAAGCAAGCAUCCAUACACUGACUUCAGAGCCAGCACUGGUGUUAGUCGUGCGUGGUGUGAACGCCUUCCAGCGCUUGAGCAACAUCAUUGCGACCAAGACCCCUCCCCAGUCAACCAACCACACGAUCCCACUAGAGAAACUCAUGUCUCCGUCGCCAGAACUCGCUUACGAUUACACCACCAAGUUCUUCCAUGACAGAGAAUUAUACCCAGAUCCUCAGAUGAGACCGUUGCUGUCGUACUUACCUGAUAUCAAGUGGCUUUCACCUGGCUGUGCUUGUGCUGUGGAGGCAAACGAUAGUGCCAAAUCCCUGAGAAAGUCAAAGAGUAAGACGUCCAAGUUAGACUCCGCUACCAGGACAACAGAAGAGUCAAUAUUCCAUCAGAUGCUGGCUGGACCACGCCAACUGACGACCGUGCUCGUCAUCAAGCCAGAUGGAGUCCGGCGAAACCUGGCGAAAAUUCUCAAGAGAAUCGAUCAAGAGGGUUUCUCCAUCAUCGCCUGGAAGCAUCUGGUCAUGACGGCAGAGCAGGUGGAAGGCUUGAUUUCACAAGAGGAGUGCCAGAACGAGGUGAUAUUCAACCAACACAAAAACCACCUGACUUCAGGACCGAGCGUGAUCCUGACCCUCCAGCGGGAGAAUGCUAUCAAGAAGCUGGUCGACCUCCUCGGGCCGAGUGACCCACAGCAAGCCAGGAGGCAGAGCCAGUUCCUCCUGAGAGGGGCUUUUGGCAUUGACCCUGUCUCUAAUGCCUUGUAUGGUUCGACAAACUAUGUGAAAUCCAUCAAGGAGCUGAAACUCUUCUUCCCUGACGGUCUCUGCUGCAAAGAAAAUGACAUCUUAAAAUCAGAAGAGAUUGUUUUCCCUGCGGUGGAUGACAACGUUGAUAUCAAGCGCUGUAACAAGAGGGCGCUAGUAGUUGAUGAGGCUGGACAGAGUACACUACACGUCUCGUCGUUGACUCAGAUGAACUGUGUGGUACUCACACCUCCACUGCUGCAGCGUGAGAGAAGGGGCAGGAGAUGUGGCUUUGUUGAUGUCAUUGAGGGGUUAACUUCAGCUGGAUUUGAUGUGAUCGGAAGCAAGCUGAUCUGGUUCACGGAGAAACAAGCAGAGAACUUCCUGCAUUUGAGUGACGCUGGUAGCUUUGCGUUACUGCCCAAACUGCUGAGUGGUCCAUCCAUUGUCCUCGCUCUACAGAGAGAUAACGCUGUACUCGCCUUUGACUCGUUCUUGGGAAGUGAAUUUCAGCUGGAUUCGUUGCUGGUUCGAUAUGGUGAACAUGUCAUGAGGUUGAAGGACACAAAACAGGUUGAGAGACUCCUCCUUUAUUUCUUUGAUGAGUUGAUCCCAGGAGCUCAGGCAAGGAUCGUCGAGAAAUUGUGAAAUGUUGAGAUGAGAAAUGCUGGAUGCAGGGUUGCCAGGCUUGUUACUGAUCUCUCUACCAAGCUGCUUGCCAAACAUUGUGAGAUGUAAAGUUUGAAGAUGGUCAGGAUCAACAUUGAGGAUAGUUUGAGAUGAUUUCUGACACACAAAACUGUGUCCUCAACAGUCAAUGAAACAAAACUGUCCAAGAGUGAUUUGCGUCCCCAAGGGGUGUAAUCAAAAUCAGAAUAAAAUGACAGAUUCUGUAUCUAGAUUGUGAAGUCCGUCCAGAGAGAAGAAUCAAUUGAGUGAUCAUUUGUACUAAUUUAUAACGAUUACCAAAAUGAGAUUUUAACUUGUUUGAUGUGUAUGUAAAAAUGUUGCCAAGCAACAAGAGUUAAUGAAAUUACCAGUAGGAAAACAUGCCACUCACUCAAAAGUGAAUAGUUUACUCUAAUUUAUGAUUUAUACUUUGUGUGAUAUUUUCCAGUCCAUUUCUAACAAACUCAUCCUGCUGAAGUGAGUGAUCAUUAAUCCAUCCAUGGAAUAGACUUACCUGUCCAUUCCUUGAAUGAAAUAGGCAACUUGGUGUAUUUUCAGUGGUCUCUAGUUUUCAUGUUAUGAAACGUUGAUAUCAGUUACAAUUCUCUUGAGGUACUGAAUCUGCCCGAUUAAAUAAAUGGAUGAAUUUGUGAUUUUGCAAAUUCUAAAUGAUUCUUCUUAAUGACAUCAGACAAGUUGAUGAUGUGGAGAAUCUGAAAAGUCUUGAUUUAUUCUAAUGAUGAUUUGUCCAUUUUUGUAGAUAUUGCUGCCAGGUUAAGAGUUUAUGUGGGAUAUUUGCUGUGUGAGGUGAGAUAAAAAAGGGACUACUCUAAAAAGACAUUCCAGUUAGGUGAAUCCGUCCAUUUAUGUUGUGACCUGAUCAAAGAUACUGUAAAUGACAAAAAGAUGUUCAGAAAAUGUUUAGUUUUCUCAGAAUUACUUUCAGCUGUAUUACGUAUGAAUGACUUUUGAUGACAGACCCCGUCCUUGGCUGCCUGUAGAGGUGCUUUGAGUUUCUGGGUGUUAAAAGUAUGGUUGUCCGUUUUUUGGGACAUCCUAUAUGUCCUCUUAAGUAAUUCUGAGAAAAUCUCACUGUUUUGCGUUAUUGUUCAUAUUUGAUAGAAGAUUCUAUUUUGCACUGUUCACGUCAGUUGACACUGGUUUUCAAUAAAAAAUGUUU